UGAUUCUCAUGAAAAGGAGAACGACUCCGGAUUUCGGAUUUCGAGGAUUCGAGAGUUGUACAUUCUUCAGUGUAGUUUUUUCCCCACCGUAAAUUGUUGAAUAAAACAAUUGUUUAUUUUUCAAUGAACUUGUGGAAAUUGUUGGGGUGGUUAGUGCUGCCUGGUGACUGCGGUGCCGAAUCUGUGAAAGAUUAUUAGAGACUGAAUUACUGUGGAAAACGAAUGUUGUUUGUCGCUGCGAGAGACAUUUUUUUUCUUCAAUCUUUGGUAAAGGUAAUCUUGCAGCAUCUGGAAUUUCAUGGAAAUUCAGUCAAUGGUAGAGGCACUAAGAAACCCAAAAGAGCCAUUAUGAAAGUAUCACGAAGGAAUAACUAAGAGAGGGCGAUUCUAUAGAAUUAGUAGAGUAAUUAGACAAUGUAUCUACUUAUUAGGUGCUCUUGGAAGUUAGAUAGUCCCACCUGGUCGCAUCAGGUACAAGUAUCUCUAUGAUGUUUUCAUCAGGUCUUGGGUGUAAUCUGUCAUUUCCCAGUUGUUUGGGCUAUCCACAAGACAGCGAGGAACUAAUACCAAAAAUGGCACGAGAACCCAUUAUUCUCAAUGUCUACGACAUGUAUUGGAUUAAUGAGUACACCACACCUAUCGGACUGGGCGUCUUCCAUUCAGGAGUUGAAAUUUAUGGAGUUGAAUAUGCUUAUGGUGGUCAUUCGCUUCCAAUUUCUGGGAUUUUCGAGAUAUCUCCGAGAGAUGCUGAAGAGCUUGGUGAACAAUUCAGAUUUAGGCAAUCUGUACACAUUGGCUACACGGAUUUUACAGAGGAAGACGUCACGAGAAUUGUCUCAGAAUUAGGAAAAGAUUUUCGAGGAGACAGGUACCACCUAAUGAACAAAAAUUGCAAUCACUUCAGUGGUCAACUAACACAGAUUCUAUGUGGUCAAGAGAUACCAGGAUGGGUGAAUCGAUUGGCAUAUUUCAGUUCAUGUGUUCCAUUCCUCCAACGCUGCCUACCAAAAGAAUGGUUGACACCAGAUGCUCUGACUCAUUCACUGAGCCAUGUCAGUCAUCACGAAAGUACACCACCCUCUGAGAAUUCAUUGUAACAUUUAGCACACGAAGAUGGCAGCCAAUGUAACAUUUUGAAAUGUCGCAGGAGUCGUACGUUCUAAAUUAAUCAUAAUUAUAUUUAAAUCUUAAAAAGAUAGGUUGUUUAAAGAUGAUGAACCGAUAAAUAGCUCAUUGAAAAGAACAAAUUAUUCUCCUGAGGCUCAAAAAGUGUCAAACAGCUGAAUCAUCGUAGAGAAGUUGAGAGUUGUGACUUGGGUGGACAGCAUUAGAAAAUUCAAAGAAUGGGGUAAAAUUAAAUUGAAUGAUCUAUAGUUGUUUCAUUUAUUGUUGACACAUUUCAAUAAUUACUACAAUAAUAUUAAAUGAUUUGUUUCCGUGGUAAAUCCUAGUACAAGUAAAUUUUCAUUUUUUAAAGGUUUGGGAAUUAUUUUUCGAAAGUUUUGAAAAAGAAGAGAAAAAAUUAAUGAAAUUCCCAUUUUUGAGUGAGAGCUGUUCCCAUUGUUUGUAGAGAGAUGAAUUUCGCAGGAAAUUUGAAUUUCUUGAAGUGCGAAAAUUGAAAUGUUUUUCUACAUUUAUCAAAUAUUCGAAGAAUUACUUGGCAUCAAUAUGAUCAUGUUAUUAAGAAAAUAAUUAUCGAUUCAAUUAAUUUUAUUCGUAGAUAAUGACAAACAUAUGUGAAUCCCCAGAAUAAAUGCAAUACUUUUUUGGUGAAGAUCAAUUAAACAAACAAAAAUAUCUAUUGAUCAGUCACUGAUUAAUAGUGAUGAAAGGAUGUAAUUAAUGCCUACAAAUGAAAUUGAUGAGGUGACUGAGAUUUCCGUAGUCACUUGGAUAUUGAGACAAAAAAAACUGUAAAGAAUUAAUUGACUUCCUUAUUGUUAUCUAUUAAAAGAAAUUGACGAUUAAUUCGUCUCUCUCCGUAACCAGAAAUACAAUUACGUUAAUAUUGGCUUGAAUUGACUAACCCAUUUAACUGUUGUGAACGAUUAAAUUAAUCACAAUGACUUAAUCAUGAGCUAAUUCACGCGUCCACUACUUUAAAUGAAAAAUGAUAAAGAGGAUAAAUUAAAAUUAUUUGACAAGAUACAAUGGAGCAUGUCUGUGAUGGGGUGUGAUAAAGUCAAUGUCUUUGGCGCGAUUCAACGAAUUCGAAGAGUUUUCAUUCGUCAUUUUAAAUACAAUUAUUUCGGACAAAUGCAGCGAGAUGGUGAGUUUGAUAACAUAGAUAACUGAAAUCUCAUUUUGAAUUGAUGAGAAAAUGUAAUUGUACAAAUUCUAACUUACCGUCUCAAUUUGUAAUAUUCCACAAUGUAUUUCUGCACAAUUAGUUAAAUUAUCGGUUAAGCUAGUUUAAAGGCCAGCAGAAUUAACUCAACGAUUCUCAAAUGCACUUACCGAUUUUUAGUUUAUGAUUUGCGAAUGAACUAUUAGGAUUUUCGUGGAGUGAUGAAUUGUCAAGCAUGAAUCAAGAUUGAAUUUCAUAGUCAAUUCAACUGUUGAAAAGAAUUUUCGUGAUCUUUCUGCAGAUGUAGAUUUCUCCGUUGCCAACAUAAUUUGAUACGUAGGAAGGUGAAAGAAAUUUAUUAUUAGACUAUAUCUUUUAAUUUUUUUUUCGCAAUUCUAAGGGGAGUUUCACUGAAGUUUGGCUAUCUCUCUUCAUAAGUUUAAAUGCAAAAAAUAUAACAAAAUAAAAAAUAGAGAAGAAUUUUGAUUUUAUAAUUCUUCAGAAGAAGGUUUCAAAGCAGUGAAAAAUUUCAUUUUUAUAUCAAUAAAGAAAAAAUUAAAAAGCAAUGUUCUCUUAUUUGGAGAAUUAUCUAUGUCUUCAAUUUCUAGAUUUGCCUCCUUCCAUUAUUUUAUGACGGAAACUGAAGACUAAAAAGGGAGAAAAGAAAUUUACUAAAAUUUUAAUUAAGGAUGACUGGUAAUGAAGUGCAUGUUGUAUAGAAAUGAUUUAUUGAUUAUUAAAUAACAAGAAAUCGUUAUAAGACGGUGAGAUGGUAAAAAGUGGAUUUACUUCUCUUUAGUCCGAUAUAUUUCCUUAUUUAUUCAUAUAUUUAAUGUCAUUAAUUAAUAAUGUAUACGUUAUUAAUGUUUUGAAUUUUUUCUGUUUAUAAUCAUUCAAUAAACUAUGCACACAUUUUUUUACUUCA